CUAGCGGAGAACGACACGUCAACCGGCAGAUCGCUCGCGCGGCAUCUCAGUAGCAAAUUAUACCCCAGCGGAGAUGGAGUAUAAAAGCGCCAGUUUCUCCCCGGAAGGUGACCAGGUUGCGGGUGGAACGGAUCGGAAGGCCGAUGGACGGAGAAGGAUUCAUCAUCAGCUACAGUGGGGGUCUGACGACACCCACCUUUCUAGGUGGAUCUCGAUUAUGGGACGGAUGGUCGGAUUUCGUGGUUGGGCCAAACUCGCCGAGUGCUCGCCGUCGUUUAUCUGCGGUUCAUCAAUUCCAUAUUUACAGUACGUUGCCCGUGUUUCAGGACGGUGGACAAAACAGUUGGGUUGGGUUCUCUACCUUUGGGAAAUUUAUAAUGAGAUUGUUUUCACGCAACGUCGGUAUAGCUUUUUCACCGCGGCAUAUCAACAAUUGCUUGAGUUCCCUGCGUGUGCCAGCUUUCGGUCAGGGCCCCACGGCACUACUGUGUAUAUGUUGGAAAGGCUCUUCGUACCGACGCAGAAUGCGCAGCCUACUGGCUGCAGGGCGGAAACGCCGGGAAAGACUUUGUUUUAUUCUAUUUUAUUUAUUUAGUAUAAAUAACGUUAUAACGUUAUAUAUAUAUAUAUAUAUUUUGGCUGGGUGGCGCCCUGUUCGUCUGGACAACGACGCCCUAACUUCUCGCGGACAAACCGAGUUGCCGGCUGACAGUGGCAUCGCGGAAGCAUAGUACAGGACUGUUUUAGUCCACAAAGUUCUUUCCCGCGUGCCGCGCUAGAGUCUGGAUUCGGAAUUCACUCCUUUUCGGGCUUCGGA